CACGUGCGUAGGGCGUUCGACCUCAAAAGUCACAGCAUGACUCACCCAGAAAUACUGUUAGCGUUGAUUUUUAUACCAUCUCUUGUAGCAGCAGAGAUUCCUUGUACAAAUCCCAAGUUUUCUUGUACAGACCCCAUGUUGUUCACAAAGUUAGAUGACGAGAUAUCUGUUGGCGAAAGUUCCGUGGGGAGUAACGGAAGACAUUGCAUUUUCAGCAUAGAAACAAUCUCGCCUGGCUUUUUGGUUUUGACUUUCGAGGAGUUUUACAUCGAUGACAAUAUGCCGCAUUGUAAGUCAAACUAUUUGGAGAUCAAGAUAGGGUGUAAUCCAAGUUCCAUUGGACGAUUCUGUGGUUCCACAAUACCACACCAGAUGAUUUCAUAUGACCACUGCAUGGUUUUGACGUACCACAGUGAUGGCAAAAACGCUUCCCAGGGCUUCAAGGCCUCUUACAUAUCAGAAAAUUUUGACUUCAGUAGCUUUUUUGUUACCUGGCCUAGGAAUGGGAGCACUGGCCACCUGGAUAAUGAGGUGGAUGCUUUCCCCUCCCACUCCUGGCCGCGACUGUACCCGUCUGGGUAUGUCUAUCAACAGUGGGUGAUAGGGCCGAUUAAGCAGGGAUGGGAGAUGAAGCUCUCGUUCAUGAUGUUUGACUUGGCAAGGAGUGAAGGGGAAAACGCCUGUGACCUUGGAACCUCUGACCUUGUUUCUAUAUCAGUGGGCCUGGAACAAAAUAUAACACGAUGUGGCAGACAACGCCCAUUCUUUUUUAUCUUUGGCAAGGCAGAGUUUGUCAACAUCACCUUUAUAACCAAUGGGGACAGCCUUGUGAGGAGAGGCUUUGUUGCUGGCUACAUAAUAUACAAACGUAUCCCAGAAACGCCCCCUGAAAUUGAAGGACUUUGUGGCUCUGAGUGUAUCUCUCUGGCCACAUUUUGUGCAAUCUUAGCAUUCGGCAUUUUUAUAAUUUUCAUCUAUUCAAGAGUAAAAGUAGCUCAACUGUCCAGAGAAGGUGAUCCAACAGACACUCAAGGAGGGGGAGAUAUGGGGAACGUAUGCAAGGUCAUGGAAGGUGAAAUCAAGCAAGACCCUGGAACAGCAGUUGUGGUUGCUGAAGAGUGGGCAACAAGCUCAACAUUUAUGAGUGGGAGGGAAGAGAUUAAUGAAGAGAGGAGUGGGAGUGGCGAGUUUGAGGAGAAUGUGUUGUCACAAGAUCUGGUUGUGGAGGUGAUGGUGGAGGAUAGAGUGGAUGAGGAGAUGGAGGUCUCUGGUUAAAGAAGGGGGAGGAGGAGGGGAAAGAUGAUAUGUAGAGGAGGAGGGGGGUAAUAUGUAGGGGAGAAGAAGUCAGGAGGAGGAGGGAUUCAGGGACAUUAAGUUUCUCUUUCUUGACACUUUAAAUUAUAGCAACAUUUUAACAAUCAAUGAAGCCCUGGCUUUAUUUUCAAGAAGUGCAUAUUUUACAUUCUCUUGUUCUUUUUAAUCAAAACUAAUGUUCCUUUUUAUUUAAAGAAAAUACAUGUGCGAUCAGUAGCAGAUCUAGGGGGUUAGGGGAUUAUGUAAAAACUUCAUCACCCCCUCCCUUAGCCAAACCCCUCCCC